AUGUGUUGUGUUGUACUCGUCGGAACUUGGCUUAUGGAGUCAAGAAUUGUUGAUGGGUUUGAUAUUUCCGUGGCUAAUGGCACAAGUGAGUGUAGGUUUUAUGAUGAUUGUGCUGGAAAGGAAUUGAAGGCGUCGUCAACGGCACUGCCGCAUACAGGAAGGGAUGAAGAAGUAGACGAGAGCAUCCUUCCUACUAUUAGCACAAGGAAUGGAGAAGACCAACGAGAUGAGGUUAUAUUGUACUUGCAAAAAGACAACAUUCGACUUGAAGAGGAGCUAAGGCUUGCACAUGACCAAUUAGAGUAUUAUUUAAGAGAAUUGAACUAUAAAGCAAAGUCACAGCAGAUUUUGGAGAGUAAACUGAAGAAUGUGACACAACAGAACAACAAUUUGUUGGCGGAAUUGGCUCGGUUUGAAGCUGCGAGGGCCUUUGUUGAAAACCAGAGUGAUGAUGGGCGUCGUGUUGUUGCGUUGCAAGAGCGUUUAUCUGAGGUAGAACAAAGCAGCCGGGAGAUGAGGGAGCAACUGUACGACGAACUUCGAAUAGCAGAAACGAAACUCUCGAUUGCUGAUGAUACUAUUCGUAUGAAUGAGGAACGCAUAGUAGAGCUGGAAAAAAGUUCUGAUGAAUGGCGCAGAAGAUUUGAAGAGAUAGGCCAAGAAAAUGAGGCGCUUGUGAGAGCUAAUGGGGAAGUCCAAAAUCUAGAAAUUGCAAUUGGUGAAAUUAAAGAGGAAAAACAGCUGCUUUACCAGAAGUUAAACGAACUGCUUGAUGAAAAGCGGCAGUUGGCUGAUGCCAGGGAUCAUCUGUCAAAUCGGAUAAACGACGCUGAAGCUCUGAACGCAAAAAUGCAAGCCAGAGUACGGCAGCUUAAUGAGUCAUUUAAUGCAAACGUUAUGAAGUUGGUUGAAAGGGAAAAUCUUGUAAAAGAACUAAAUAGCCGCGUAGAAGAGGUUGUAUUAGUUCCUAUACCAAUAAUCAAUUUGAUGAACGUAUUUUUUCAGGAAAAUGCUUCAAUACCUGAACAAUGUUUGUCAUGUGCUGUUGGCGUCACAAAUAACAUUGAACCAAGAGAGGAUUCAUCAAGGUGCACCGGAAACACUUAUAUGCUUUCAGGAGACGCACAGAAAAUUGAGAUGGAGAAACUGCAUAUUAUGCAUGGAUAUGACGAGACCAAGUCUUCAGUGACUGAUAAGCCGAAAUUUGCAGAUUUUUUGCGGUUUAAACGGUUUAUUCAUUUUUUGCCUCAUCGAAGACGAUCAUUAAAAUUGUAUUUACUUGUUCAUUCUUUGUGCGCUCGCAUUCUAGGUUUUAUGACUGAUCCAUCUCACUUCUAUAAGGUUGUACUGCAUAAUUUUAUAGUACCUUCAUAA